GAUUAAUGCUUCAGUUAUAAUUGCAUAUAUGAACCAUAUUAUUUGAGGUGUAUAACCUAACUGAUGUGUGCCACAAUUUCUUUCUAUCUUUCUACACAUAUGCUAUAUGUAAAUGAACAUAAUUUUGCUUCUAUUAUGUGGUUCUGCAUAGGCUCAUUUGGAGAGUGUUAAUAUUUGCAUUACUUCUGUAAUGUUUCCUUAAAACACAUUCUGAAACUAAUUAAUUUGUUUCUUCCAUUAAAGUUUGAAGGGCUGGAUUUUUUAGCUAUAUUUUAUCGAACACAUUUCAUAGAAUUUAUUGAUGUGUUAAUCCCUGAGCUGGGCCAUUUUUUCACUUCAUUCUAUCGUACUUUGCAUGUACUUCACUUUAUUGAUGUGUUUCAUGUAUUCAUUGAAUAUGCUGAAGUGUGGGAUUCAAAUGAAUACAGAUGAGAAUUGAGAAGAAAUAAAUGAGAUGGUAUCGCUGGCUUUUAAAAUGCAUUUAAUGUUAAUGUUUGCACAUUACUAAGUUUUGGUUGAUUCUCAUUGCAUUAUGAAUGGAGAGCCUAUUAGCAUUUGUAUAGCACAAUAUAAUAAUAUAGUUAUUGAACCAGAACACACACUAUAAACUUAGAGGAACAUAACUAAGCUGGUAGUGCUUAUAGUGUAGUGAAUACCUAGAUGUUGGAAUAUAAUAUAAGUGAAUUGUCCACUUCUUUUUACCAGUUUAGGCUUUUGGGUUAUCAGAGCUAGAGGUCUCAAGUUUGAAUCCUAUUUAGCACAAUUAAAUAAAAAUAUUUGUUGUUCGCUCCUAUUCCACGUCUAACACCCAAGAGAGGUUCAACGUGAGGGGGAGUAUUUGAAUAUAAUAUAAGUGAAUUGUUCAUAUCUCUCUAUUAGCUUAAACUUUUGAGUUGAAGUGGUUGAUACAUGUAACUUAAUAAUAGGCUUGCAGACUGCAGCUCUGCACAUUAGUCAGUAAUGCUUGAAUUUCCUUGUAAGUUGUAUUAAUAUGAAUAUGGUUCUAUGAAUUUGAUGUUAUCUUAAUGUAAUUUAUCUGUAGUAGUGCUUUUUCUACUGUACCAUGGAUACGGAAGAUACAUGACUCAAAUUUUCAUUCAGAAAGAUUCCAUGUAAUAUAAUUUUACAAUGACGAUGACACGGUUGUGCUAGUGUUUGUGUAUGAUUGUACACCAUUGGCUGCAAUAUGAUUGUUCCUCUACUGAAUUCCAAAUACCCAUGGGAGCUAGCAAAUUAUAUUAUACAAAUGUUAACACUCCUUUUUUUCUCAAACACAUGUUAACACACUUCCAUUCAAACUGUGUUCACAAGGAUGGUUUAAAUCAGAUUAGGCAAUUGCUAUGGAGAAACUGACACCAGAAUCACUGAUGAAAAUAAAACUAUCCACAUGGAAUUGCCACCAUAGGAUUAUGUGUUCAAACUGAUGCUUCAACAAUAAUUUAGUUUCAAGUUUUGAGCCAAAGCAGCUUGGGGAUUGAGUUCCAAUAUGUUAUGACCGACAUCCCAUACCGUCGUCGCAACCACAAGAUAAAAUGGAUAUAGUUUGUUAGUUUGCUCAGUUUGUUAGAUCGAAUAGAGUUUGUUAGAACGGAUAGAGUUUGUUAAGAUCAGGUUGUUAGUCUUAGAUAGAGUUUGAGGCUGCUAUCUCAGCCAUAUAUAUUGCCCCUUUUGGCUAAGGAAAACAGGAAAACCAAGCAGCCAAGUAUCUUGCCUGUGCUUCCUCCAACCCAUCCGUUGUUUACCAGUGUAGGCGAAGGAAUAAACCAAGCAGCCAAGUAUCUCGCCCGUGCUUCCCCCAACCCAUCCGUUGUUUACCAGUGUAUUGUUCAUUCGAGGUACUGUUCAUCCGCGAUGCUAUUUACCCGCACACUGUUCAUCGCGUGAACAGUCCCGCGCCACCCAUGCCAGCAGCCCUAAAGCCUGGGCCGCCACUGCCCAAGCAUCGGGUUCCUUGUCCUAGACCUCAAACUAGACCUGAUCAUGGGCCACCCGAUCCGACCAACCCGACCCGACCCGCCCGAAAAAAACCCGGCCUGGCCCGACCAAUGCAAUGGGCGGGUACGAGCCAUAAUUUUUGACCCGUAAUAAUUCACGGGCCGGGUACGGGCCGCGAUUUUUGAUCCAAAAUCCGACCCAACUCGAAAAAAACCCGACCCAAAGCCAAAAAACCCGACCCAACACGUCAAACACGGAGGCACAGCCGACCCGACACUAGGCACGGGUCGGGUAUGGGCCAUGAUAAAUGGCCCACGACCCGACCUUGACCAGAUCCAAACCCGACCCGACGUUUGAAUAGGUCUAUCUCAAACCUACCACUCGUACUACCUUUGUAACCCUAGUUCCAACAAUCUGGUAUCGGAGAUGCCAGGUUCUAACGAUGUGCCGCCGGGAUUAGGACCACCCACCACCUCCACCAUCGCCACAACUAUUGAUGCGAGGGCUACUGCCAUCGGCCCAAUUUCACAGGCGGACUUCAUGGCAUUCCAACAACUAAUGGUGCAGCAGUUCGCCGCCCUCACCGCCGCCAUCAAUGGCAUGUCCAGCAAGACACUGCAACCACCGUCGCCUUCAGCUUCUGCCACCACCAGUGCUGCUACUUUCCCCUAUGACAUGUCAGGCUAUGGUGGCUACCCCCUUCCCACCACCGCCACGCCAUCCACUACCACCACCAUUGUUCCCUUCCCAUCUGCCACGACACCCCUUCCAUCGCCGAUCUCCGUCUUGGUGCCACCUGCGUCAACCAUGUUCGUACCCAUCCACCAGAUUGCCUUCCCACACUCCCCAUCCCCGAUCCACAGCUUCCUUGAGGAUGCUCUUCCUGCACACCAUCACCCUACCGUGGGCGCUGUCAGGUACUCGGGGACAGGGUACCCGAAGUAGGUGGAGCGACCGACCAAGUCCCCGCCGAGCAAGCUUGCGAGGCAGAGUGGCCGACCAAGUCCAGGGUUCAUUACGUGAAUAUUACCACGCCACCCCUGCUAGCAGCCCUAAAGCCUGGGACGGCGGCGCCCAAGCGCCAGGGUCCUGUUCCUACUUCCUAGACCUCAAACCUACCACUCGUACUACCUCUGUAACCCUAGUUCCAACACAAUAUGUGUUCUACAUGCAUGACAGUAGUGGUGGACACUAGUUUCCGGGCUUUUGUGAUAACGACACUUUAUAUAGUUUUCUCCCUGUGUUGAUUUAAAGUUUUGUUAUCCAAAAAAAUGUUGUCUCUUCUCAGGAGAUUGUAUAUUGUUUGCAUCAUGUCUAAUGAAUUAUACUGCAUUAUAAGUCACUAGGUUGCGGGUUCAAAGCAGUCUCUCCGCAUCUGCGGGGGAAGGUUUGCCUCGGUUUAUCACUUCCCUAGAUCCCACUCAGGUUGGACUGGCAGCUUCCAGCACUGAGUUUGUCUUUUUUUAUAGUACUAAACAUGUUACAGUAACAAAUUUAUAAUCGCAUAUAUUAGGCCCUUUAUUAAAUGGAAAUUCUUUGUGGAAUUUUAGCGUGGCACUUAAUGCUGUUUUCUUUGCCUAACAUUUCUACCUU